UCAACUUGACGGCUCCGAACAGACAUGGGAAAACUUACAGAACUAUUGCUUCAUCCCGAUGAAUUGAAGGCGGCCAUUCAAUUGUCCAAGUACAGAAAACCUCUUUUCCCCAGAAACCUCCUCAAAGAGUCCGCUUCCACCAAAAGAUGCUACGAACUCUUGUAUAUCACCUCCAGAUCGUUCAAAGCGGUGAUUGAAGAAUUGCAUACCGAAUUGAAGGAUGUGGUCAUGGUGUUCUACCUUUUGCUCAGAGCUCUUGAUACGGUGGAGGAUGAUAUGACGUUGGACCCCAAGAUCAAGGUCCCGUGGUUGAAGUCGUUUACAGAUUUGCUCAAGUUGAAGGAAUACUCGUUCGAUAAAGUCAACGAAAAAGAGGUGGACAGAGUGACAUUAUUGGAGUUCACAGAGAUUUUGACCGAGUUCCACAAGUUGAAGCCUGCCUACCAAGAUAUCAUCACAGACAUUUGUAAGAGAAUGGGAGAUGGAAUGGCCAAGUACAUUUUGGAUGAACAGUUUAAUGUUUCGGGAGUGGCUACUCUCGAAGACUAUGACUUGUAUUGUUAUUACGUUGCUGGAAUUGUGGGCGAAGGGUUGACCAAAUUGUUUGUCGAGGCUCAGUUCGGGGACGAAGUGUUGUCUGAAAACAACUACUCCAAGGCCAUUUCGAUGGGAUUAUUCUUGCAAAAGACCAACAUCACGCGUGACUUCCGCGAGGAUUUGGACGACGGAAGGUCAUUCUGGCCCAAGGAGGUCUGGUCCAAGUACACCGACAGGUUGCCAGACUUUACAAGAACAGAUUCACCAGAAUAUCAGAAAAAAGGUGUACAGUGUAUAAAUGAGUUGGUAUUGAACGCAUUGGGCCACGUCGAGGACGUAUUGGUAUACUUGUCGCACGUCAAAGACCCAUCUUCAUUCAACUUUUGUGCCAUUCCACAAGUCAUGGCCGUUGCUACGUUGGAACUCGUUUACAACAAUCCUAACGUGUUGUACGAAAACGUAAAGAUCAGAAGAGGGACAACCUGCAAGUUAAUUUUAAACAGCAGAACAUAUCCUGGCGUAGUAAACAUCUUCAGACACUACUUGAGAAAAAUACACCACAGGUCCAAUGUGGAAGAUCCCCAUUACUUUGAAAUUGGUCUUAAAAUCGGCAAAUUGGAGCAGAUUUGCGACAUGUUAUACCCAGACCCCAAGCUCAUCCCCCCAGGAGUGACAGUGACCAACUCCUACCGCGAAUUAGCGGUCUCUCGACUGCAAAUAGAUGCUGCUACCCAAGAAGUCAUCGAUUUGGAGGCCUUCAAAUGCAAUUUGACAGUGGGGGCCGUGGUGGUGGUAUUGGCCGCAAUUGUGUACACAUGCGUAUCUAGUUUAUAGACGAGUUAAUUACUUUCAAUUAUCAUUAGUUAUCAAUUAACAGUAGUUC